CAAGGCGGUCACACUACGCGCCACUUUAUCAAGUUUAUAAACUUUCCGCAGCAGUACAAUUCCGUAAACAUAUUCGGCUGGAGCAACAGACAGAUCCUCGAAAUGGCCAGCGAUACGGAUUUUGACGCGAAGAAUGGAAUCGUGGACGGACCAACCCCGCCGCACACCGAGCUGGCGGCCCUCUAUAAGCAGAGCUUUGCCUACUACACCUUUCGUGUGCGCCUGCCCUCGACCUUGGCCACCAUCGCGGAUUCCCUAGUCAAGGACAAGGACGUCUUGCUGGCCACAUAUGGCGAGGCAGCGAAAGCCGAUAUUGAACAAACUACAAAGGAGGUUAGACAGCUGCGGGAUGACAUCCUGAGCAAUGGUCCUUUACUGCCCUUUGGUGAAAAUGAUUCCGACUCUAAAGUGUGGAAUGCAUUCCUGGAAAAACUGCCCAAGGAGAAGAGUAACUACUUUUCCACAUGCUGGCUGUACGCUGAGUGCUACAUGUACCGCAAAAUCUCAUCUAUUUUCCGGGCCACAGCCCAUCUGGCCGCCUACGACUACUUUAGCCAGCAGAAACAGACGGCGACCAAACUGAGCGUGGACGCCAUGCUGGCGGUGGCCAAGGCUACGCGGCACAAUGAACGAAACUCGGACACCUUCCGCCAGUUGAUCAAACUCAAUUUGUGGGGCAAUCGGUGCGACCUGUCCAUAACCUCCGGCAAACAGGUGAAGCCCACUGGCAAUGCCUUUGACCAGGUUACGGACUUGGAGGAGAAGCUACUGAUCGACGGCACCGCGGAGGUAUGGAAAGCACUGGACGGAGCCUCCGGAGAGGGCAUUGUGGACAUCAUUUUCGACAACGCCGGCUAUGAGCUGUACACGGAUCUCAUCCUGGCUGAGUACAUUAUCGACAAGGGACUGGCUGCCAAGGUGCGCUUCAAUCCCAAGGCCAUUCCCUGGUUCAUUUCGGACGUGAUGGAGCACGACUACCACUGGACACUGCAAUUUCUGGCCGACCAUCCGGAUCCGGUGCUGAGUGAGGUCGGAAAGAAAUGGCAGCGUUUGACGACCGAGGGCAAGUUCGAGCUUUCGCCACUGGAACACUUUUGGACGAGUCCCUACGAAUUCUAUCGCAUGCCAGAGGUAAAUCAGCCACUGUACGACCGCCUGAAGGAGGCGCAACUGGUUAUCUUCAAGGGUGACCUGAAUUAUCGCAAGUUGUUAGGCGACUUCUCCUGGGACAGCACGGAGUCCUUUGAGACUUGCUUGAGGGGUUUUCGUCCUUCCAAUCUCUGCACUCUGCGCACGAUUAAAGCGGAUCUGAUCUGCGGAUUGGGUGCAGGCGUGGCGGACCAACUGUUUGCCAAGGAUAAGGAGUGGAUGUUGACUGGCGAAUAUGGCGUAAUACAGUUUGCUAGCAAGUAGAGAAAGAAGGAAAUCGGGACAGGGAACAGCAAACUAGUUGAAUUGUUUUAGUCGUUAUAAGCUUAGCUUAAUUGUUGAAAUUCAUAGUGACCUAUGCGAGAUCCAAAAACGAAAUUAUACUCAAUUUACUCAUCAACACUGCAA